AUGACUCAAGAGUACUCUGCGCUGUUCAAUCAACCCAUGAUCCAACAGAAAUGGGCCAUCAACGCAAAACCUGCUCUUUUUCCGGUCUUGACAUCUAUCUUCCUACUCUUCAUUUCGGCGGUUUCAUUGCCGUCUAAAAGUCGAUCGGCGAUUUAUUUUAGACUAGCUCUUCUCCCGUUUCAAUUGAUGUUGGCAUACGACUUAUGCGUCAAUAAAAAUUACUCCUUGGGAUCCGCGUUCAGGGAUCCUGCAUUUCCCAGUUUUGGCUUCCUCAUUUUAUACCGGGCAAUGGAUUUCUCCAUCUUAAACCUCUGGGACCCCGAGCCUGCGUUUUAUUGGAUCGUUCCCGAUCGACCUCCAACAAGCGACGCAAAACUCGUAUCUUCAGAUGAGAAAUCUAUACGGUGGCGCAAGGUACCACACCCUCCCCUCUUCUCAUUUGAUCGUAUGCUCUGGGCAUUGGACAAUCUCACCCUCAUGAGACCUGGUACACCCUUCCUCUUCCCAUGGAAAAUCAGAGCCCUCGAAUGGUCUCAACGUACGCUCGAAUCCCCUGAGACGAAAUUCGGCGAGCCCGAAUGGCCACUCUUGCCGGCUAUUAUCCAGCAACUCGUCCAUCUUGGUUGCCAUCUUUACAUUCGCCAAAUCGACAUCAAGGCCGGCCAGCAGCUAUGGAGUCUACCUCUCUUCGUCCAAUGUGCAUUGUCUUUCGCACUUGGUGGAGCUGUAACGUUCUCUUAUGCGCUCGAGGAAGCAAUCCUUUUCCCAUUGAUCCUGCGCUUCAAACUACUACCAAAAACCGCAUUGGUAUCUCAUUCAAAGAGAUCGAUCACUUCGGCUGGCCUCGGCGAACUCUGGGGUAAACGGUGGCAUCAUAUUUGGAAAAGGUGCUUUGUUCGACUGGCCCGAUUAAUGCCUGGAUCGAAUAACCGCUUGAUCCAAAUGUUUGGCAUAUUCUGGAUUAGCGGCAUGUUCCAUUGCCUACUACUCGCAAGACUCUAUCCUACGCCAGACAUCAGCCGGCCAAUGUCUUUUUUACCUUUGGUAUAUGAGCCGGGAAUUUACAAAUUCUUCUUAUGUCAAGGGAUCGGAGUUAUUGUCGAGAAAAUUGUCUUGGGGGAUCCUAAGAAGGAUGAAGCUCUCACCAAAAAAAUCAUCCGUUUAGUUUAUCUCUAUUUUGUUUUACUCGGAGCCGGUAGAUUCUCGACUAAUGCUCUGGCUGUGAAAGGUCUAUUAGAUAAAGAUCAAUGGAAUACGGUCACCAUACCGGCUAUUUCUAAAAUGUUUUAUGAUAUAUUCACAAAAUGA